UUCCUUUCUUUUCCUUUCCCUUCUUUCUUUUGGUUCCCUUUCCUUUCUUUUCAUUCCCUCCUUUUUCUUUAAGGUGGGAAGGAGACAAAACACGAGACAGGAAGCUGAUUUGCAAAGAAUCCGAGUUGUGCUAAAAGGGACUUUGGCUUUUUUUUUUUUUCUUCUCUUUCUUCCCUCUCCCCCCUUUUCAAACGCUGGCAAAUUGACAUCACUACAAACGUCUGGUUAGAGAGCAAACCGCUUCAUCGGAGUGGACCGGGCAGGCAGCCGGGAGGAAGCUGGUGCUGGUGACCCGGGGUUUUCUACAGACCUCACUGUGCGUCCGUUCUCUUCUUUUCCCUUUGCGGGGUGUUUUUGUUUGGUUUGUUUCUUCAAAUUCUUGCCGUGUUGGAAGUAGCCUCAUCCGUCACUCCGACUGGGACUGUCACGAGUAGUGGAUUAAGAGGACGCUCGGCCUGGGGCACUCUACACUGUCAUCCAGUUCCCUCCCUCGGAGAUAAAAGAUUCCAGCUUCAUGGGCAAACGCCUGGACCAGCCACAAAUGUACCCCCAGUACACCUACUACUACCCUCAUUAUCUCCAAACCAAGCAGUCCUAUGCACCAGCUCCCCACCCCAUGGCUCCUCCCAGCCCCAGCACAAACAGCAGCAGCAACAACAGCAGCAGCAACAGCAGUGGGGAACAGUUGAGUAAAACAAACCUGUACAUUCGAGGCCUUCCACCAGGGACCACUGACCAGGACCUCAUCAAACUGUGCCAACCGUAUGGAAAAAUUGUAUCCACAAAGGCAAUUCUUGACAAAAACACAAAUCAGUGUAAAGGUUAUGGAUUUGUAGAUUUUGACAGUCCUGCAGCUGCCCAGAAAGCUGUAGCCUCCCUCAAAGCAAAUGGUGUGCAGGCUCAAAUGGCCAAGCAACAAGAGCAAGACCCAACAAAUCUCUACAUCUCAAACCUCCCCAUUUCUAUGGAUGAGCAGGAGCUUGAGAAUAUGCUGAAACCCUUUGGACAUGUCAUUUCCACAAGAAUCCUCAGAGAUGCUAAUGGGGUCAGCAGAGGAGUCGGUUUUGCCAGAAUGGAGUCUACUGAAAAAUGUGAAGUGGUAAUUCAACAUUUUAAUGGAAAAUACCUGAAAACACCACCAGGCAUCCCAGCCCCGAGUGAGCCUUUGCUGUGCAAAUUCGCUGAUGGAGGACAAAAGAAAAGACAGAAUCAAAGCAAAUACACCCAGAAUGGAAGGCCAUGGCCCAGAGAAGGAGAGGCUGGCAUGGCUCUGACCUACGACCCUACAGCUGCCAUACAGAAUGGAUUUUAUUCUUCACCGUACAGUAUUGCAACCAACCGCAUGAUUCCACAGACAUCUAUCACGCCAUUCAUUGCCGCCUCCCCUGUCUCCACAUACCAGGUCCAGAGUACUUCAUGGACGCCUCAUCCGUCAUACGUUAUGCAACCAACAGGUGCUGUGAUUACGCCGACCAUGGACCACCCUAUGUCAAUGCAGCCAACAAGCAUGAUGGGUCCCCUGACACAGCAGAUGAAUCAGCUUUCCCUGGGCGCUACAGGAACGAUUCAAUCCCAAGACAGGAUUAUGAUACUCCACCAGCUGUUGUGUCAGUAUAUGACUGCUGCUGCUCCUAUGCAGGGGACCUACAUUCCCCAGUACACGCCUGUGCCUCCGACAGCUGUUUCUAUUGAAGGUGUUGUUGCUGAUACCUCUCCCCAGACAGUGGCACCUUCCUCCCAGGACACCAGUGGUCAGCAGCAACAAAUAACAGUGGAUGCACCCAAUGAGCACGCACCUGCAUAUUCCUACCAACAGUCUAAACCAUAAAAGAGAACUGAAGAAUGUCCAUCUGAAACUGCCUUGAAUGAAGAAACUUCAUUGACUAAGAAGUUAAUUGGCUUCCAGUUUGCACUGGCAUCAAUGGAAGGCUUUUUCUUUUUUUUUAAUUUUAUACUUUACUCAAUGAAAACAAAGUUUUUCUGUGCUAUGUAAAUGGUUCCUUCAUGUGGUCUGACAGCUAUUUUUUUUGCCGUCCUUUCUUUUUUUAAUUAAAAAAAUGUUCUCAGAAGAGGGGGAAAAACAAAAACAUUGAAUGUGGAUGUUUUACCUGGAAGAACAUUUGAAUUCAGAAGUUACCUGAAGGUGUAGAUAAAUUUUUCUUUUUUUUAAAUAGAGGACCUGAAAUCAAGAGGUGGACACACAGAAAUGAAAACAAAUUGUCUUCCUCAGACAUAAAGCUAUUCUUUCUCUCUUUUCCCCUUCUGUUUAAACUUACUGAGUUGGUUCAUUUUUAUGUUUGUCUUUUCUUAGAAGUAUUUAGGUAAGGUUUAUCUUGAAUCUUAAUUGCCUUAAUUUUAAGGACGUCAGAGGCUCUCCAGGCAAGCUGUCAACGUCUUGUUAAAAAAAAAAUCAAGAAAUAGUUGAAUUACUGUACCAGCUUUAAUUGGUACAGAACUUUAAGACUAUGAGUUUUUAGAGUGAAAAAAAAAAUAACUGUACAGUUUGAAAGAAAAUGUUUUUCUUCAUUUGAAGAAAAUUUGUGGAUAAAAAGAAACCAUGUCAACUUCAAGAAUUAGGAAAUACUGGGACUUCUCAUGAACUUUGUCUAAGUGUUGACACACAUUUAGAAGGCUAAAUGUCUUACGGUAAAGUUAUUCAUGUUGGUUUAAAACAACUGCAUUAGAAAUAAUGCGUGUUUGGGGGGCAGAAUGCAGAUUUUUUUAUUUACAAAGCGUGAUUGCUAGCAAAAGCAUUAGUGCUUUUUAUCUGCAGUCUUUUUUAUGAGCUUUACAAAGUUUUUAGUCAGCUUUGCUUGUCACAUUGCAAAACUUAGCUUAAGAGCAUUAAAAAAAUUAAGUAGAUAGGAGCUUAUGGUCAACAAGUGCAAAAAAACAAAAAAACAAAAAACAAAAAAAAGCAAUAGAUAGAGAAAUUGUUGGCAAUUUCUGUAGUCUUUCCUAGUUGUGAACAAAUUCAGCCUAUGGAUGGCCUAUUUUAUACCAAAGACGGAGUGAUGCCAAUUCAGUCCCGAAGAUAGAGAUUGUUUUUCUUCUCUCUUUUCCUUUUGUUAAAAAAAUUAUUUUACCAACAUGGCUGGUUGAAUUCUUACUUUGUUUAAACUACCUUCCACUGGUAUUGUACAUAUUCCAAAAGAAAAUCCUUUUUUGUUUUGGUUUUUUUUUUAAAUGUCUAUUUGUCAGUAGUAGAACCUUCCAUCAACCACAGCUCAGCAGUUCCAGCAGGAAGAGUCUGGAUGUCACUGUAUAGAACCAGGUGGUUCUAUGGCUUGGUGCCAGCUCCCUUUACUAUUGGAACCUGUGUGGAUGACCACCAAUAAUCGAAGACACUUAUUCAACAGGUUGAAUUUUCAUGAUAGGCCUUUCAAACUGAACACAGUCUUAAAGGUCACUGAAGGGUAGUUGUGAGGAAAGCUUAGUGGUUCUAUGGGAAAUGGAAAGUGAUCUCCUGAGAAGGUGUCACUGAAUUGGUAACAGGUCUUCCUUCUGAAUUCAACACCUUGGGUUUUGUUUCCUGGACUCAGUAAUUAUCAUCAUCCACCACUAAUUGCCUCCUUGAUUCUGCAGCUGGAGACAGCUAUCAUCUUCCUGACUCUUGGCAUGAUAUUUUCAUAUCUAGUUAUUCCCAAAAGAUUGAAAACCUAGACCUUUCAUUUAAUUGUCUGAGGCGUAUAGAACAACUGAGCUGGAAGAUUCUAUAAAUGGAACAUAGGAAAGCUUUUAAAAUGCUAGGUGACAAUCAAGAAAUGUGUGAUUACUAUCAACAAGAACCAAAAGAAUUAGGGUUCAUUAAUGAUUAAAACCAAAGGAAAUAUUUGCAUUUAGAAGGAUGCAAAAUUUUGUCUAAAAUUAAUUUAAUUGACUUACCUUUAAAAAAGCUUUACAUUUUUUUCAUCCAAUUCAUGUUCAACAUAAAUAGAUGCACCUGUAAUUAAAAACAAUGGAACAAAAUUUUUCUAAUUGAACUAUCCUCUAGAAUUGCUUUCUAAAGGAAACAUCUAAAUCCGGUAUGUGAAAUUCUUUAUAAUUGUCUGUAUAAGAAGAACAAAAAACAAAAACUUAGUCCUGACGAAAGAGGGGAAUGCACUGAACUGAAUGCAUUGUUAAAGAAAACAGGGUAGUUUUACACACUAAAGAAUUAAAAGGUAAAUUACAGUCCCAUUUGGUCAACAUGAGUAAGGACUUUGCCUCCUAUGACAUUGCCAAUAUUUAAAUAGACCGUGGUUCUCUUAUUUGCAAUCUUAUCAGUUGAAAGCUCAGACCUAGAGACUGAAUCCAUGUUUGUCAUCCAGCUAGUGGUAAAAGUAUCCAAGAAAAUGUCUCGUGCUACAGGGAAAUCCAGCUGGUUACAGCCAGGCUCACAGUUUUAGAUACCAUUGAGAGCAUCUCAGAUUUAUCCAUUCUUCUGUUGCCUCUUCCAGCUUUCCAUGAAUUACAAGGAUGGUGCUUAAGUUUUCACUUUGAAAAGUUGGUCCACAUGUUAGAGGGGACAGAAGAAACCAUCUGUUGGAGCUGUCAUUUCUGUGUCUCCUUUUCACUCUCAGAAUUCUUUGUAUAAAUAAGGGUUAUCCUGGGCAUAAUUCAUUAGGCUAUGAAACCAACAUGCUUUCUUGUUUCUGUAAAAAAAAAAAAAUUACCAAAUGCAUACAUUAAUGUGAUUCAAAUAAAGUCUCAUUUACAUAAUCAACCAUGAGGCUCAGAGGUAGCUACCAUGUGGCUGACGAAUGUGCCUAGGUGACUUCCUGUUUCUACUCCAAACUGCUGAUUGAUUUAUACAGUCAGAAACAUUUUUUUUCAACUAUGAAAUUUCAGUAAUCUCAAUUUUUUAGGCCACUUCAGGCAAAAGGAAAUUACUCCUGUUAUUUUAUGUGUUCAUGUGUGUUUUGUAUUUGUUUUGCUAGCU